AUGCUGCACCCAGCAGGUCCCAGGAGGAGAAAGUCUGCACUCCCUCAUCCUCCCCUUCAUCCACCAACUAACACCCCCAGAACCCACCAACCCCGACUCAUCAACCACCACCACCACCACAAUCCCCCUACCAACCCUCAUCCUCCUCCUCCCCAUCCUCCUCCUCCCAACCAUCUUCCUCCUCCACCAAAUCCGCAAAGACUACCACGCCUUCCUCGCCCUCGGCCCCGGAGGCACCCCUCCACCCCAACCGGCUACCUCCGAAUCUGCCUCCUCCGACUCGUCACAAUCCGCGAUCCAUUCCACCCUCCCUCCAUCCCAGCCUCCCUCAUCCCCAAAACCGGCUUCCUUUCAUCAAAAUCAACCACCACCCCCCUCCCCUACCGUCCGGGCCCCCGCCCCACCGUCGCCGGAAUCGCUCCCCAGCGGCAAACAACCCAAAAAUCCUCUUCAACCAUGUACACCACCCUCUGCAGCUCCAUCCAAGAUCUAGUCUCCCACCACCCCCAGAUCCUAUACGAAGGCACAUCCUGCUUCGAGAAGCAUAGUACAGGGGUAUUCUGUACCGGCCCUACCCCUACUUUGCCCCAUACGCAGACGGCCCCCACCAGCAAAGAAAUCGACAUCUCAUCCCUAAUCUUCACCCGCCAUCGCCUAACCUGCAACGGGGAAGUUUGUCACGCGCACCCCAGCGACGGAAGCCUACAUUUGACGCUUCACCCUGCGGACGUGAAACUCGUUAUCGAGAGGGGAUGGGGUCAACGACAUCCGUUGACGCGCGAGAGCUGGUGGUGGUGUUAUUUGAGGACCGUGCCGACGGGGUUCGUCAUGGUGUAUGCGCCGAGGAAUCGGGGGGAGUUGGACACCGUGUUGGAGAUUAUUCGGGCGGCGGCGUGGUGGGUUAGUGGGGUGGAGUUGGGGAGGGGGAAUGGGGAAAAGGGGGAUGGGGGGAAGAAAGAGGGUGGUGGUGGUGCUGUGUAUCGGGGUGGUGGUGGGCGGAUAGUGGGCUGUGAGUUGUGA